AUGGCCAGCUGCGAACCGGACCCCCAGAUCGAGGACUGUCCCCUGGAGGCGCUGGUGGAUGAUGAGGUCCCAGGACCACCAGAUGAGGGGCCCGAGGGAGCAGCCUUCUCCAUCUCGGGGUCAGACUCCGAGACAGAGGUGACAACAGAGAUGCAGGGCAUAUGGCCUCGGGGCUGCAGGGCGAGCUGGCCCCGGAGACCAACCCAAAGGUGCACACAAAGCACAGAGCCCACGGAGAAUUGGGAUGUGGAGUGGCUCCUGGGGCUGAAGAUGAGGCUCAAGAAGCAGCGUGUGUCGACGGUGCUGCCUGAGCACCACAAGGUCUUCAACAGGCUGCUCGAGGAUCCCGUGGUCAAGCGGUUCCUGGCCUGGGACAAGCAGCUCAGAGUAUCUGACAAGUACCUGCUGGCCAUGGUCAUCGCCUACCUCAGCCGAGCCGGCCUCUACCCAUGGCAGUACAGGCGCAUUCAUUUCUUCGUAGCUCUCUACCUGGCCAACGACAUGGAGGAGGACGAAGAGGACGACGAGCCUCCCAAGCAGGCCAUCUUGUCCUUCCUCUUCGGCAAGGAUGACGCCCAGCGGCCCCUCUUCGACCACCUGCGCCUGCAGUUCAUGCGCUGCAUGGGCUGGAAGGCCUGGGUCACCCUGGAGGAGUGUGAGGAGAUCCAAGCCUAUGACCCAGAGCUCUGGGUGUGGGGGCGAGACCGGGCCCUCCUAGCCUAAGCUGCUGCACUGACACCAGUGGUCACCGGCCAGAGGGCAGCCCCACACGUGGACACCAGCUCCCAGCCCCAGAGUUCUGCCGGCAGCACAAAGAGGCCUUGGUCCACAGCCUUCUCAAACUCGG